AUGUCGCAACCAAUACUCUUAUUAACACCCGACGAGAACAAAUCUAAAGCUGUGGCGAAUCUUUUGCCAUGCCGUAUACACCAUGAUGGGCCAAUUGACCAGGCAUCGACAUUUUGGACCCCUACUACCACCGAUGAGGGCACAAAGCUAGCAUAUUUCCGAGGCAGAAAACUUCAAGGGAAGGUGGUCAAAAUGCCAGAACAAUGCCGAGGUGUUGUUGUCGAAAGAGCUCCCGAAAAGUACCCCAAAAGUACCAACGAGGACGUGAUAGAGGAUCUCGAUGCCGAUCAAGAGCCAGAACAAAUAGGAAGCAUGAAGAUAACUGCAGAGUUUGACGAGAUUGUCGUUUGGGGACAUGAGACUGUGGCAGAUGCCAGUGCAGAUCCUUAUGUUCGUAGUAUGGAGGAGUGGCUUCAGAUGGCUGACCGGAUUCACUCUUACUCACCCUCUGCAGAUACGGCACAAAAAUAA